GGCUUACAACACUGUCAGCUGUCGUUUCACUGCGUGCGGUUUUAGUGUAAAGCAAGCGAUUUUGUGCAAUUAUAACGUUAUUAAACAUUUAAAAAAAUGGCUGCUCAGUUCUUUAAUCGUAUUGGCCAAAUGGGUCUCGGCGUUGCACUGCUGGGCGGUGUCGUGAACUCCGCAUUAUAUAAUGUUGAAGGUGGCCAUCGGGCGGUAAUUUUUGAUCGCUUCACCGGCAUUAAGGAGCACGUUGUCGGCGAGGGUACACACUUCUUCAUUCCCUGGGUGCAGCGUCCCAUUAUCUUUGACAUUCGUUCCCAGCCUCGGAACGUGCCGGUGAUUACCGGCAGCAAGGAUUUGCAAAAUGUCAAUAUCACGCUGCGUAUCUUGUAUCGUCCCAUACCUGAUGAGCUGCCAAAGAUCUACACGAUUCUUGGCCAGGAUUAUGAUGAGCGUGUGUUGCCUUCCAUUGCGCCUGAGGUUCUAAAAGCGGUUGUUGCUCAAUUCGAUGCUGGAGAACUGAUUACACAGCGUGAGAUGGUCUCUCAGCGCGUGUCUCAGGAGCUCACUGUACGUGCCAAGCAAUUCGGUUUCAUUUUGGAUGAUAUCUCGCUGACGCACUUGACCUUUGGCCGAGAAUUCACACUGGCUGUUGAAAUGAAACAGGUUGCCCAGCAGGAGGCAGAGAAGGCGCGUUUCGUUGUCGAGAAGGCCGAGCAACAAAAGUUGGCUUCCAUUAUUUCGGCUGAGGGUGAUGCUGAAGCUGCCGGUCUACUGGCCAAGUCGUUCGGUGAGGCAGGCGAUGGUCUGGUGGAGCUGCGUCGUAUUGAAGCUGCUGAGGACAUUGCCUACCAGCUAUCGAGGUCACGUGGUGUUUCCUAUUUGCCCAGUGGACAGAGCACGCUGCUCAGUCUGCCCUCCAACUUGGGACAGUAACACGUGCCUAGUCGAAUAAGUUGUAACUACCUGUAGCAUUUAUUAAGUACUUUCGAUUUUGUUUCUAAACCAAACUGUGCACCUUGUAACGGGUCGCCUUCUGCAGACUUCUGCUUAAUUGUCCAACAUUUUUAUCACUUUUGGGUUUAAUAUUGUGCGCGCGCUGGUUGUUCAACUUUAUUGUUGCCAAAUGGACUCCCGUGCGCGCAUCUGAGUUAAUCGCUCAAGUUUUUAACUCAGACAGAAGAGCGGAAAGUUACAUGUUGCAGGACUCUGAAAAAUUUGUUACGUGAACAAAAGAAUCAAUACAAUAAAUACAUA